GCACGACUUCCCCUGCUCUAUCCCUCCACCCCCAGAUCACCAUGUUGAACCGACUUCUCCGGCCGCAGCCUACGCUGCGCGCAGCCUCCUCCCUCACUCAGAAGCCCGUCUCCGCGCUCCCAUGCUUCCAGACCCGUGCCUACCACCGUGUGCCUACGCUUGCCCACGAGUCGCAGUUCAAAAACAAUGGUAUCCCGGAAUUUAUGUCGCCAGAGGCCUUUGACUUUGCCUGGACACAAUACCAGACCCUGCUUGUCGACAAGCUGAAUCUGUUGACACAGGACACCGUCGAUGCCGAUGCGAAGCCCGGAGAACUGCUGGUCAAGUACUCCCGGCGUCCGGAGAUGGCCUCCGUGUUCAACUACGCCUCAAUGGCUCACAACAACCACUUCUUCUUCAACUGCCUGUCUCCCACCAAAACCCAGAUGCCCGAGAAGUUCGAACGAGACGUGACCGAAACGUGCUCGUCGGUAGAGUCGCUGAAGCUCGAUUUCCUUGCCACGGCCAACGCGAUGUUCGGGCCUGGUUUCGUCUGGCUGGCCAAAAGCUUGGAAAAGGAGGGUAUGCUGCACGUUUUCUGCACCUACAACGCCGGCUCGCCCUACCCUGCGGCGCACUCGCGCCGCCAAGGGGUCGACAUGGCCACGCACACUCCCGAGACUCAGCUGGGCAACCAGCACGCCGGAGCGAUGGGCGCCCACGCGCCCAACCAGAAGAACAUGGCUCCCGGAGCGGUGGAUGUGCAGCCGAUUCUGUGUGUCAACACCUGGGAGCACGUGUGGAUGAUGGAUUACGGAAUCGCCGGCAAGGAGGAGUACCUGGAGCGGUGGUGGGAUCGGAUCAACUGGGAGGUGGUGGCUGACAACUAUAACCGGAUCAGCGUGAAUAAGGGGCUGCGCUCCAAUGUUCCCACCUGGAACCGCAGUCUGAACAUGGUGUAAUUUUCUUUUGCCGGAUGGUUUGAUAAAUUGUAUUAUACACAUGGGUUUCUCUUUUUUUUCUUUUCCUUCUUCUGGCAUCUAUGGUCUAAUAAAGUACAAGCAUUCCCCCACUUGGAAUAUAGAC